GUUGGAAUUGAUACUCAGAUAACUUACCACAAAGACAAAAGCACAAUGCUUCUUGGUGAAGCCAGAAAACAGCAAGGAAAUGCCAAUGCUAAUGUUUUUAAUGUUGAAGAAACAGGCAGAGAGAUUAAUGAAACACUUGACAAGAAGAAUGAUGUUAAAGGCCGUUUCAUGAAAGUCCUCAAAAAAAUGCACAUAUCAGAGCAAGAUCACACGAAGCAGUUUGAGCAAUUGCAAGCUAUUGCUACUCAAGCUAAAGAAACAGCUGCAAUCAUAACCACCACCACAGAUCCAAUGGCUGAGAAUGUGACAAAAUGGUCAAAAGAUCUGCGCAACUUUAAACCUGAAAGAGCAGCUUAUGAACGGGCCACAGUCACAACUAGGGAUACAGUGAGGAGUCUCACAGAACUUGUCCCACAGCUUCUGGAUAAGCUGCGCAUAGUAGAAGAGAAAAGGGCAGCAAACAAUGUGUCAGCCAGCAUCCAGAGGGUCCGAGAACUCAUUGCACAGACCAGGAGUGUGGCUAACAAGGUUCAAGUGUCAAUGACAUUUGAAGGUCGCUCAGCAGUUGAAGUCAAUCCUCAUGUGAAUGUAGAUGACUUAAAGGCUUUCACAUCUUUAAGUUUGUACAUGAAGUUUUCUGAGGAAAAUCCACAAAGAAAAAAGCCUCAAGAUCAGUUCGUUUUGUAUUUAGGAAACAAAAAUAUAAAAAAUUAUGUGGGUCUUGCAAUUAAGAAUGGAAACCUGGUCUAUGUUUAUAAUUUGGGUGCUGGUGAUGUGAAUAUACCUUUAGAUUCCAAGCCAAUCAGCUCUUGGCCUGCACAUUUCAAUCUGGUUAAAAUAGAGAGGAUUGGCAAGCAUGGCAAAGUGUUUUUGACAAUCCCCAGCCUUACCAGCACGGCUGAGGAAAAGUUUAUCAAUAAAGGAGAGGCUCCAGGUGAUGCUUCUUUAUUGGAUCUGGAUGCUGAAAAUACUGUUUUCUAUGUGGGAAGAGUGCCUCCAGGUUUUAAGCUCCCUCCAAGCUUGGACUUGCCGGGCUUCAUUGGCUGCUUGGAGCUUGCUACUCUGAAUGAUGAUGUUAUUAGUCUGUAUAAUUUCAAAAACAUCUAUAACAUUACCAAAUCAAUACCUUGUAUCAGAGAUAAACUGGCCUUUACACAGAGCCGAGUUGUAAACUAUUUCUUUGAUGGUUCGGGUUAUGCUUUGGCAAAGAAUAUUGAGAGCAGAGGGAAGUUUGGUCUUGUGACUCGUUUUGAUAUAGAAGUUCGAACACCAAGUGAUAAUGGUCUUCUCCUUCUGAUGGUUAAUGGAAGUAUGUUUUUCAGCCUGGAGAUGCAAAAUGGAUAUCUGUACCUGCAAUAUGAUUUCGGCUUCAGUAACGGCCCUGUCAUUCUAGAGGAUUCUAUGAAGAAGGCUCUGAUUAAUGAUGCAAAGUUCCAUGAGAUAUCUGUCAUAUAUCAUAAUUCCAAGAAAAUGAUCUUGGUAGUGGAUAGGAGACAUAUAAAAAGUAUGGAAAAUGAAAAGAAAAGCAUGCCAUUUAGUGAUGUCUAUAUAGGAGGAGCUCCUACCGAGAUUUUAAAAUCUAGUGGUGUCAGCUCACACCUGGCUAUCAGUAUACCCUUUACGGGCUGUAUGAAAGGUUUCCAGUUCCAAAAGAAGGACUUCAACUUGUUGGAAGAGCCAGGUACCUUGGGAAUUGGUUAUGGCUGUCCUGAAGAAUCACUUAUGUCCCGCAAAGCAUAUUUUAAUGGUGAAAGCUAUAUCGCAUCCAGCCAGAAAAUCUCUCCUUUUCAUGUGUUUGAAGGCGGCUUUAAUUUCCGAACUUUACAGCCUAAUGGACUGUUGUUUUAUUGCACCGAAGAUAUUAGAUCGAGAUAUUGAGGUGGAAGACUUUCAACGCUACCCUGAGAAAGUUCAUGCAUCUCUUUAUGGAUGUCCUGUGGAAUCUCCUCCAGUUGCCCUUUUUCAUAAAAAAAGAAAAAAUUCCUCCAAAGCUAAGGAAAGCCAUAGCAAAAGGGCUGAAAAAAGUAAAAAAGGAACAUCCCCUUUUUCAUCUGUCAUAAAUAAAGGAGAACAAGAACUGAGAAAUCAGAGGGACCCACACUGCCAUUUCUCCAACAAUCCGAAAGCAACUGUACAGGCAUAUCUCUUUGGUGGGACAGCAAAUAGCCGGCAAGAGUUUGAUUACUUACCAGAGGAUUUCUAUGAAAGAUCUCAAUUCUCCAUCAGUCUAAAGACUCAUUCAUCCCAUGGAAUGAUUUUCUAUAUUGCGGACCAAGCAGAGGAACAUUUCAUGGCCCUCUUCAUUGCCCAUGGACGACUUAUUUAUAUGUUCAAUAGAGAUCACCAGAAAUUAAGAAUCCGAACCCAAGAGAAGUACAAUGAUGGCCAGUGGCAUAAUGUAAUGUUUGUUCGAGAGAAGAAUAUUGGUCGUUUGAUUAUUGAUGGCCUCAGAGUACUAGAAGACAGUCUUCCUUAUUCUGAUAAUACAUGGCCAGUUACUACUCCUUUCUACAUAGGAGGUGUGGCACCAGGGAAAGCUGCUAAAAAUAUCCAGAUUAACUCAGUGUACAGUUUUAGUGGUUGUCUUGGCAGUCUACAGCUCAAUGGAAAGCCGGUCACUUCUCCGUCGCAGACCUUCAGUGUAACACCUUGUUUUGAAGGACCAUCAGAAGAAGGAACCUAUUUUUCAUCCGAAGGGGGAUACAUUAUACUUGAUGAAUCAUUUAGCUUGGGCCUGCAAUUCGAAGUUGUUUUUGAAGUCCGCCCUCGGCGCAGUUCUGGAAUACUAAUGCAUGCACAUAAUGUAAAUGGAGAGUUCCUGAAUAUACAUAUGAAACAGGGGCAGGUUAUUGUGAAAUUGAACAAUGGCAUUAAAGAUUUUUCAACUACAGUUACACCAAAGCAAAGUCUCUGUGAUGGCAGAUGGCACAGAAUUACAGUUAUUAGAGAUGCUAAUGUGAUACAACUGGAUGUUGAUUCAGAAGUGAAUCAUAUUGUGGGACCAUUAAACCCAAGAGCAAUUGACCAUAGAGAGCCGGUAUUUGUUGGAGGAGCACCAGAAGCUUUCCUGACAUUCAGCCUGACCACACGUAAUUCUUUUACUGGAUGCAUUCGUAACUUUAUGAUUGAUGAAAGGCCAGUGAUUUUCAGUAAGGCAGCUUUGGUCAGUGGCGCUGUGAGCAUCAAUGUAUGUCCUGCUAUGUGAAACACUGGUACUACAAAACUACAAGGAUAUAUAGCACUGAAGCAGCAGCAAAAGCUGUGCAGGGUUUAAUUUUCAGUAUCAGAAGAAUUAAAAUAUAUCACUCAUUUUAAAUAAAUGAUAUAGCAUAAAGCUUGCAAUCAUUAAGAGCUUUGUACACUUUUUUUUUUUUUUGGAAAUGCAGAUUCCUAACCUGUGUUAGAAAAAAACAUCGCUGCAGUCUUCUAACUGGGGAAUGAAAGUGAUCAACCCAGUGGGAAGAAAUGUAAAUCCACUACUGUAUAGUAACAAUCACAGGCAUGCCUGACUUUGCAUUUGUCAGCAUUUCAGGAGCAAAUGACUUAGCAACUGUGGGUUUCAGCUUCAAUCCACAAAAAAUCAUUUUAUUAUCCCAUCAGAAGUUUGAUCAGAAGUUUGAUAAUAAGCUGCUGUUGGAAUGUCCAGGUGCUAUGUCUUGGGAUAAAUUAAUUCUGUUCACGGUGUUUGCUUUGCUUCAUGUAUCUUACAGAAUAAACUAUAUAACAGACAUGUUUCACUAAAA